UGCGCAGUGACGGUGAAAACAACUCCGGGCGUAAACAUCGAUCGUCACAGAGACCUCGUAUAAAAUAUUUUCUCGUACAACACACAAACUGAUUGAUUUGCCAUGGCUUAGAAAACAAAUCCACAAUGACUGCUGUAGGGCAGCCACUGCUAUGGCAGGGUGGGAUGGGUGGAGUGACCCUCCGCCCCCAGCCACGCUUGGAUGUAAAGUGGCUCAAGUCAGAUCUGCAGAGCCUGCUGCAACCAGACAACCUGCCAUCACUGUACAAUCAGAUGGUCAAGGAUGGGGAGGUUGCAGGACCACAUGUUGAGGGCAUCCUUAACUCCGUUGGGGUCACUGCCAGAAGAGGGGAAAGUGGUCACUACUACUGUGGCAUGAAGGUCUUGACCUGUCCUUGCUGUGAUGGAAUAUGUGGGCCACAGAGUGGAUGCAACUGUGGGCCAUGCCAAAAGCUAGACCGUGAAGAGGCAGAAAGGGAACUUGAGAAUGGAGAAAGCUUUAUUCCUCCUUCACCCUCUCUUCUUGAUGGUUGGACGUGGGGACCGCAACCAGAGUCCAGUGACCUAAAGAAAUGUUUAGAUGUACUUGUAAAGGAGCAGAGACUCAUGUGUUUAGAGGCUGCGUCCACCACACUCUCUGCCAGUCGUCUCCAGCAGAGGUUUAUGGUGGCACAUAGAUAUCUUGUUGCACUGAAAAGAGCCAGACCACCAGAAACAAAAGCCGGGGAAAGUAAUGGAAAGAAGAAGGUCCUUACUGCGAGUGUCUGGGGAGAAGGUCGUGUGGGAAGAGGGGCUGGAGCAGAACGAGCCACUCUGGGACUUGCAAGAGUUGGGUCAAGAGCAGCACUGAAUUUCGCAUUUGCAUUCCUCAGACGAGCAUGGAGGUCAGGCGAGGAUGCUGAUCUCUGCACUGAAUUGUUGCAGGAAUCUCUUGAAGCUUUAGAAACACUUCCAGAAGCCACAUUGUUUGAUGAAUCUUCUGUAUCAUCUGUGUGGCUGGAUGUAGUGGAGAGAUCACAGAAAUUCCUCACUUCUGUUGUUCUGAGUCAGGUGUCGGGUGGAGGAACUGGUGGAAGCAGCAUGACCCGUGUACCUCUUGGUGAUCGGCACAUGGCACUCUCCCUCCUGCUCCAUUUGGCACUCCAGCGUGCAACUCUCUCCACCCUGUUGACAGUGAUCACUCUUCUUCUCCAGCUGUGGGAUUCAGGAAGGAAUCAGGUUGACAACCGUGUCAGCAGUCAUGGCACAAGUGCACCACUACUUCCAGUCCUCCAAAGAUUUGGUUCCAUCCCUCUCCUCAAGUCACAGCCAUCCUCAUCCUCAUUGUGGGAUGAAAAUGCACCAUUGGAGGUAAGCCCAACCGAGUGUCUUCUGCGAUACCUGGAGUUGCCAGAGGAUGAGGAAGUAAGUGUGGACUUGGAACAAGCUGCAGUCAUCCUCCUUUGUCACCUGGAUCGCCUUGCUACCCCACACACUCCACCUCUUCACAGCCCGCAUGGAAGACCCACACAGGGGCAAGAGGUCCUUUGUUGGGGUUGGUUGGCCUGGUCAGGUGUUGCUAGCCCAUCAAGACCCUUAAAUUACUGUGACUCACUAGCAGAGUUAGGAAUAAAAUCAGUUGCUUGUGCUGAGCGUUGCCUGCUCAUCCUUACACAAAAGGGAACAAUGUACUGCCUUUACUAUAAUUCAGAGACACAGUGUCCUCAGCCAGUUCCAGGUCAACCUGAAGAUGAAGUACUUAAGAUUGCAGCCCACCCUGAUGGAAAACACUAUUUGGCUCUCACUGCUAGUGGCCAGGUAUACUCAUGGGGAAAUGGAGAUGGUGGUCGCUUAGGUCAUGGAGACAGUAGCUCAAGAGAGGAACCAACUUUGAUCCAAGAGCUUCAAGGAAAGACUGUGAUAGGAAUAGCUUGUGGUUCAACAUACAGUGCUGCUAUAACAGCUGAGGGUGAACUGUACACUUGGGGUCAAGGCAACUAUGGAAGACUGGGACAUGGCUCUUCUGAUGAUCAUAGUACACCAACUCUUGUAUCAGCAUUAAAAGGAGAGCGUGUUCUUGAUGUGGCUUGUGGAAGUGGAGAUGCUCAAACAAUAGCAGUGACAGAUUCAGGUUUAGUGUACUCUUGGGGUGAUGGAGACUAUGGAAAGUUGGGGCGUGGUGGCUCAGAUGGUUCAAAAGUUCCUAAGCUGGUGGACAAGUUACAGGGACAAGAAAUAUGCAGAGUAUUUUGUGGAGCUCAGUUCUCUCUAGCAUUAAGCAAAAAUGGAUCCUUGUUCACGUGGGGCAAAGGUGACAAUCAUCGUCUUGGCCAUAACAGUGAAGAGCACAUUCGAUAUCCAAGACAGGUCAAAGCUCUUGCAGGCAAGAAGGUCCGUGAAGUGGCAGUAGGCUGUAUGCACAGUGUGGUCCUUACUGAGGAUGGGGAGGUGUACGUUUGGGGCCGUAAUGAUCAAGCACAAUUAGGAGAUUCACCUCAUGCUGCUCUGGCAGAACCAACACUGAUGUCAGCAUUGCAUGGGAAGAGCAUUAUUGGCAUUGCCUGUGGUCCAUCACAAACCUUUGCUUGGAGUACAAAGAUGUCGUGGUCCGUCUCUACACGCACCCCUUAUGUUGUUGAGGUUUGCGAAGAAACUUUCACUAAACUUAAUGAUCUGCUGGAUCGAGUAGGAGAAGGCCUGGCAGAUGAUCACAUUCCUUCACAAGAGCAGGAGUGCAUGGUAGUUGCUGGACUCAAUCUUCUGAGGCUACAGUUACAUGCUGCUGUGCAGAAUCACACAGAUGUGGACAGUGUGGGCCUACAUGUUGGGUCUUCACUCCUCAGUAGCCUGAAACAGAGGGUUGUCAAUCUUGCAAGUAGCUCUGGAGUUCUUCCAACAAUUCAGGGAGCUGCACAAGCUACUCUUCAGACAGGCUGGUCCAUUUUGUUACCAACAGCAGAAGAAAGAGCUAAAGCUUUGUCAUCUCUUUUACCAAGUACAGGCUCAGAUAUAUCUAGCAUGAGCUCAGGACGUCGAUUCAUGAUAGAUCUUCUUGUCUCAAGCCUUAUGGCAGAUGGAGGAUUAGAAAUGGCCCUUGAUGCUGCUAUAAAGUUUGAAGUGCAAGAAGCUGAAUGCACAGAAAAGAAUAAAGUGACCCAGAGUGCCACCAUAAGUAGUAGCAUCAACAGUGUUGGAGGAGCUAACAUUAGCCCAAGAAAGAAUGUGAGAGGAGGAGAAGGGGCUGCUGCUCGACGUUCCUUUGAUAAUUCCAUGUCUGAUGACCAGUCUGCUACAUUGCCACUACUCCACCUAGUGCGACAGCUCUUGAGAAAUGCUUCAACACAAACACUGAUGCGGUUACAGGCAAUAGCUCCAGACAACAUGUCUAUGAUCUCAUCAGCAGUGUUAAUUGAUGGACAUAAUGAAAGAAGUGGCAGUAUGAUGAGUGCAGAAGGAGUGCAGGGAGAUUUGUCACCAUCCAUUCAGCUGUUAUUAAGGUUUCAGCGCUUGUUAGUCAGUCAUUUGUUCCCAGUGGAAAGUAACAUGAGCCCAAGACAUGUUAUGCAAGAAAGUGAACUUGAGGGAGCAGGUUGGCUGUUGAGGAAGUACUUAUCAUUACUGGUGGGACAUGUGUCAGACACUCUCUCCAUUGCCACCUCCCUGGCCACCAUCAACACUCGCCUCACAGCCCUGACUUGCACCAUCCUCCAGAGAGAUAUCACAGGCCUGUUACUCAGUGAGCUGUUUGUGUCACUCCUUGUGGUGUCGGUCCAUAACCCCAAUGUGGUUCUAUUGUGUGACCUUAUCUCACCCUUGCUGAGCCUGCUCGAGCCCCUGGAUAGGUUCAAUCAGCUUGCUCCUGGUGCUGACAGGGAGGACACAGAAGACAUGGCAUGGCCAGGGAUUAUUGUGAAUGCAUCAAAGCAGACAGAAGAAGUACCAGUUAUUCGAAAAGCAGACCUAGAAAAUCACAACAAAGACGGUGGACUAUGGAUAGUGGUGAAUGGAAAGGUUUAUGAUGUCCAAGAUUUCAGAUCGACUGCCCCAUGUGGCAGUGACAUACUUCAGUAUUAUGCAGGACAAGAUGCUACACAGGUGUGGGAGAUGGCAAACCACUCAGCUCGGGCCAAGGAGAUGAUGGCCAGUUAUUUUGUAGGGAACUACAUGGACCCAGAACAAGAAGUGGUACAGGUACUUGAUGCAAGCACACUGUCUUCACCACUGGUAGACACUGAAAGGGCUCUUGCAAUGCUCAUAGGAGUUUAUGCAAGUUGCCAAGCUCGUGGCCAGCCUGUAACUCCUCGAGAAUUAGAUCACGAGAAAUGGAUUUCAGCAGAAUUCAUGCGAGCUGGUUGUCAGACUGUCCAGCCACCUGACCCCUAUGAUGAAGAAAAAGGAGAAGCUCGAACAGGAUCUUCGGCCACAACUCCAGGCUCUGUGACAACACCAGGAGAUGUCAGACUUCCUCGGCCAAUGGAUCCGUUGGCACACAAGAAGUCAAGGCCACAGGGGCAGACAUCUGGACCUCAGGUUGAAAUUGACACAUAUUUCUCGAACAUGGCAGAUUAUUUCCUGUCUGCUCUAAUGGAAGGGAAGACGCAGGAUCCAUAUGUUCAAAUGUUCCUAUCAAUUUGUGAUCGAGAGAUUCGGCAAAGUGGACGACAUUCCUUGCAUACAAAUUUUUCCCUUGAUCAUCCCAUUGAGGAAGUUGGUCGCCUUGUGUCUGCCACCCUUCUACGACAUACACACCUCACUGCACAACUUAUUGAAGUGAUUGAGCAAGGCUUAGCUUUAAGUGCUGAGGACAGCCAUGGUUGGGAAACAACCCUGGACUUACCCAGGGGUUUACAAGAAGUGAUUCGUCAUGUCCACAACACCAAGUGGCUUCUGAUCAGGCGUAGGCAAGAGCUGACACGCUCUUAUAAAGAAGUGUGUGCUCCUGUUAUGGAAAGAUGCAGAUUUGUUUUCUAUGAAGUUCGUCCUGCUAGUUGUGGAGAUGUUGAAGCUCUGGAAAAGUUUGCUGUACGAGGAAUCUCAAGAUGGAGAAAAGCGACACAGCUGCUUCGUUUGCGUUCAAAUGACACCACAGCCACCAGUCAGGAGAAGGAUGAACCACAGCAGGACACCAAAGGAACAUCAGGAUCAGUGGAAGACAUCAGCAUCAGCAGCAGCAGCCACAGCAUGAGUGAGGCUGGACCCAACGGUAAUGAUGGUUGUGACCUGGACGUCAGAAGUGGUCACCUGGACAAGGGAGAAGACCUUUGCAAAGACCUUACAGAACCCUUGGAUCUUAGCCGGCUACCAGGGGAUCCAACCCUUGACAACAACAUCAAAGUAGAUGGAGAUGUAGAUGGGACUGAUAAAGAGAAGAAGGUGCCAACUGAAUUGAAGAAACCUCCCAUCGAAGGGAAGAAAGCAUCUGUCAGCCUCAACCUGAAACGGUCCCCUUCACCGCCUGGGGCAACACACUCGCCUUCAAGGCCAUCUUCACUCUUGACCCCAACAGCUCCUCCAUCAACAGCAAAGGUUGUUGAAAUUUCUACAAAAAUAAUUGAAUUUGUAUGUUCGGAGGAGACUAUUGAUAUUGAAGCAAUGCGUAAAGCAUUUUUCUCACAGAUGGAAAGAGCCGAGACUCGUUUGCAGGGCAUAGAAAUGUUUCUUGGCCUUGUUCAGAAGAAUAAUCUACUACCUUCAGUGAGACUCACCCUCAUUAAUGGUUGGCUGGGUUUGCUUCCAUUUGCUCCCAAGAACACUCUUGUUCUUCCUGACUGUUUGGAGAAUAUUCCACUUGUUCCUGUAUAUCAACGAGCAGUUUUAAGGGCUGCCUGGGCACAAGUAUGGGAAUGGACUGUGGGUGAGCUUCGUGCACAUGUGCUGAAGGCAGAGCAGCAUUGCGUUGCUGCACACUCAACAGGAAGAUUGCUGAAGGGUCGAGACAACCCCACUUAUAAAGACUCCAACCUUAGCUGCCGAGAUCAUAACAUUUUAGCCUCCAUGCCCUUAUCAAGAUUCGUACUGUCUUUGGUGUGCCUUACGACAAGAGCUCACACUGGAGCUGACCUGAGUCUCCUGGUAUCAGGGGGGCUUUUGGCACUGAUACAGACAUUACUCAGGCUUAUUGGCCCAUCAAGUUCCUCUGCAAAUAGAGAAGCUGAUAAGGAAGAAAUGGUAGCAAUCUUUGAAGAAGCUGCAAAGAAACCUGCCAUGCCACCCCCUCCUCUCUCUGGUCCAGAACUUGCUGCUAUGAUGAAGGUUGGGACAAGAGUUGUUCGCGGCAUAGACUGGAAAUGGGGCGACCAGGAUGGACCUCUCCCUGGCGAGGGCACUGUCAUUGGAGAGCUGGGAGAGGAUGGUUGGAUCCGGGUGCAGUGGGAUAACGGGUCCACCAAUUCAUACAGGAUGGGCAAGGAGGGGAAGUAUGACCUGAAGCUGGUGGAUUCCCCACUGCCUCAGCCCCCGGAGAGUGAGUCGGACACAGAAGAGGAGGAAGUGACUGAAUCCAGCUAUGUAAGGAAACAUCCCAUCUUGGUCCUCCGUGAUUCUUGCCUCCACUUAUUAAGAUCUGUGACUAUCUCAACUGGUCUGACUGCUCAGUGCAUGUCCCAGUCCAGUGUCCGCACCCUGGCUGCCUUGCUCCAUGGCAUUGUUCAGGCUGGUACAACUCAGUCAGAUGAACGUGACCCCAUCCUAGAAGAGCAACACAAGUCAUGGGCUACACUGGGAUUGAUACGAUCUGUGAGCUGCUCCCCAGUUCUCUGUCGCAACUUGGCAACACCCCCAUGGGUUAGCCUCCUACUGACCCUUGCGCAAACAUUUUUAGGACCUGCCUCCCUGUACAGAAGGAUCCUUGCCAUCCGACUUCUAGCUUCUGUGCUGCCACAUCGCAUUGAUGACCUUGAGGAACGCCAGAUGCUUCUUGAUCGCAUCUUUGCUCUUCUUGGAAACACACUUCUCACCUGUGCCAAUGACCCAGCCAUUAGUGUCUCAAGCAAGAAGGCUCGUGGUACUUGUGUUGCAAUAACUGCAACUCAUUCAAGUACAGUUGUGGAGGCUGUAGUAUCCCUUGUGAGAACUUUACAUGCUCUCCCUGUAUGGAACAGUGUUAUUAAUGAUGCCAUCACAGAUCGCCUGAGCUUAGUGGCUCAACUGUUGUCUGAUCUGGCUCAGUUCCAGUUGAAGGUUGAUGAUUGCAGGCCUGGCAGUUUAGUUGGACAGGCUGCAGGGGUAGCAGCAUCUUUGGCUGUGAUUGGGGGUCUUGACACCAGACCAAGAUUAGGGGGUGAUGUUCUUCUAGAAGAAGAAGCGCUUGGUACAAUUGCACGCAUUGGUCACCACAAAGUCUAUGUUCAGCCACAUGAAGGUGGUACCCUGUUGAAACUUGGCCUGUCUUCAGUUGUUCCAUCUCCUACAAAACAGUUUGCUAUAGAUCGCUUAAGCAUAACUGCAGCAUGUGUGCAAAUGUGGGUUUCACUGGUUGCUCUAGCUGGUGAUUAUACAAGAAAUUUCCAUGUGUCAACACCAUUGUCUCUGUCUCCAACUCUCCUAAGAAUACAACAGAUUCGUAUGUUGGUGAUACGAGGUUGUCGAGCUCUUCUCACCCAUCAGUCUCUCUUGAGGCUGGUCCUCUUGCAGCCGACUAAUGAUAUCAGCACCUCCACCAACAAUCUUGAUGCAGGAGAAGAUACCAGUCAGAGCUCAGAGAUCCUGUUGAUUCAACGUCUGAUCACUGCUGCUACACCACCUUCACCUGUCAAGGCAUCAUAUACUAGGGAACAGUUAGAGACUGCAGCCCUGGCAUUGUGUGAAAGUCUAACGGAAGAGAUAGCACAGCCUACUCCCCCAACUCCUUGCUCCAAUGACGAUCUCUCAACUCCUCUCAGUGAACAUUCCAUUGGUCCACCAUCUCCUGGUAUUCUGGUGGAUAACCAUACAACACAGUCUCGUCCAACCCAUCCGUCACACACCACACGAGGAAAGAGGACGCGAACAGUGCCCCCUUCACCUUUAGUGCGCCAGCUGAUGGAAAUGGGCUUUGCUCGUAAAAGUGUAGAACAUGCUAUUAAGGCUCUAGGAGGCCUUGGAACUGAAGGGACACCAGGCCCCGAGUCCUUAGUGGUGUGGUUGAUAGAACAUGCUGAUCUCACACUGUCAGACUCCGACAGUGCUCCAGAUGUCCUUGACUCAGAUGCUGAUUCACUCACUGAUGAAUUUAAUGAUGAACCACCGUUGUUGGAGUCCUCUCCUGUUGUGGAAGUAUAUCGUAAACGUUCAGAGUUCACCAGUAAUGAUGAAUAUGCUAUGUAUGUUCGGGAUCAUAUCUGCCCUGGGAUGACUGUCCGCUGUUGCAGAACUUAUGAAGAGGUUCAUGAAGGCGAUAUUGGGCGUGUUGUGCGUGUGGAUCGAGGAUCUCUCCACAAUCUUAAUGUUCAGGUGGACUGGCAACGGAAGGGUGGAACUUACUGGGUGCGCUACAUCCAUAGUGAGCUCCUGGACCAGCCUCCACCUCCAUUAGCAGCAAGUGGACCCAUAAGAGUGGGUGACAGAGUGAGAGUGAAGAGCUCUGUCAACACGCCAAAGUACAAAUGGGGAUCUGUCAAUCACCGUAGUAUUGGUGUGGUAACAAGUGUGAGUACAAAUGGCCAAGAUCUGAUCGUUGACUUCCCACAACAACCUAAUUGGCAAGGAUUAGUUAGUGAGAUGGAGGUGGUACCAUCAUGUCAUAUGAAUGUUACCUGUGAUGGCUGUGGAGUUUCACCAAUAACAGGUGCACGACUGAAAUGCAAAGAUUGUGACAAUUUUGACUAUUGCGAAGAAUGUUAUCAGACAAAGAGAAGUCAUCGACAUUUGUUUAACCGUAUUGCUGAACCAGGGAGUCCAGCUGUGUAUGCAGGGCCCCCAGGCAGAGGACGCUUCCGCAAAAAGGAAGGAAUCCUGGGAGGUGCCGAUGGAACGAUUGAGGACUGGUACCGUUGUGUUAGGAACCUGAGUGUGUCAUCCAGAGAAAAUUGGGCUCAUCGACUGAUUGAUGGAACAGGGAGCUACUGGCAGAGCUGUGGACAGGAGGGCAAGCAUUGGAUUCAUUUGGAGAUGCAGCCCAACAUUGGUAUAGAGUGGCUGCGAAUGUUAGUGGACCCAGCAGAUAGCUCAUACAUGCCUACACUAGUUGUGAUUAGUGGUGGGGAUUCCCUUGCCAAGAUGCGAGAGUUAGCGACUAUCAGAAUAACCCCGUCAGACACUUGGGUCACCCUCCUAAGGAAUGUGAAAGAAUACAUGAAAUAUAUCGAAAUUGGUAUCAAGCAGUGCAAGAGUGGAGGCAUUGAUUGUCGUGUACAUGGUCUGGCAAUUAUGGGAAAAUUAGUAGAUGAAUUUGGUGACCCUGCCUCAUCAGUGUCUUUCCUUGCUUCUGACAAUGAAGAUGUGGAGGAUGAGAUCACCGAGAUGACAAGGAAAAGCCUAACUUCAACCAUAUGCUUCGAUGGUGAACCAAAAGUCUUAGUGUGGGGCCUCAAUGACAAGGACCAACUGGGUGGACUCAAAGGCUCAAAAGUCAAGAUGCCGGUCCUCUCAGAGACACUCAGUAGCCUCCACCCUGUCCAUGUUGCUGGAGGAUCAAAGUCUCUCUUUGUGGUGUCACAGGAAGGGAAGGUAUACGCAUGUGGAGAGGGAACAGGAGGAAGGCUUGGCCUCGGUCACUGUAACAACAUCACAGUUCCACGCCAGAUAACUGCACUGAGUCAAUAUGUUGUGAAGAAAGUAGCAGUCCAUUCCGGUGGUCGACAUGCUAUGGCUCUCACUGUGGAUGGGAAGAUAUUUUCUUGGGGAGAAGGUGAAGAUGGAAAACUAGGUCAUGGAAAUCGCACUAGUUACGACAAGCCGAAACUCAUUGAGUCUCUAAAGUCAAAGCGUAUAAGAGACAUUGCCUGUGGAAGCUCCCACUCAGCAGCCAUCACAUCAAGUGGAGAGCUCUAUUGUUGGGGCCUUGGAGAGUAUGGAAGACUUGGGCUAGGUGACACAACCACUCAGUUAAAACCCAAACUGGUGAAGGCCCUCCAUGGACAAAGAGUCGUGCAGGUGGCAUGUGGAAGUCGUGAUGCUCAGACACUCGCCCUAACAUCAGAAGGAAUGGUCUACUCUUGGGGCGAUGGUGAUUUUGGGAAGUUAGGGCGUGGAGGAUCAGAAGGCUGUUCCUUGCCACAAAACAUCGAGCGUCUCAAUGGUCUUGGAGUCUGCCAGAUAGAAUGUGGAGCUCAGUUCUCACUGGUUCUCACUAAAGCUGGACAGGUUUGGACAUGGGGAAAAGGAGACUACUUUAGGCUGGGUCAUGGCACAGACCAGCAUGUACGUAGACCAACCAUGGUGGAAGGUUUGCGGGGCAAGAAAGUGAUACAUGUUGCAGUUGGAGCUUUGCAUUGCUUAGCUGUGACAGAAGCAGGACAGGUGUAUGCAUGGGGUGACAAUGAUCAUGGCCAACAAGGUAAUGGAACAACCAUAGUGAACCGACGGCCAGCCCUUGUCUGUGGUCUGGAAGGUGUAAGGGUUGCUCGUGUAGCCUGUGGAUCUUCUCACAGUGUUGCCUGGACUGCCCCUGAUCCUCCUCUACCAGCAGCAACAGAGCCAGUCAUGUUCACAACUACAAAGGACCCCUUGGGAGCCCAUGCACUGGGAGUGGUAGAACCUCUUGGAGGAGAUGCAGUCACAAAUAGCAAUUCUCCAGGCAGUGGUGGAGGUUCACCUAUCAAUCCAUCGUUGUCACGGGUGGUGUUAACUUUAGAGUCAUCUGCAGCCAGGCAAGCAGCUCUACAGCACAUACUAAAUGCACUGCAGGUUAUGUUUGCACGUGACUGUGUUAUUGCAGCCCUGGAUUCCACAGCAGCAGCCCUAUCUCAAACAAAGGAGGAAUUACAUGCUUGUGAAGUGGUUACUAAAAUCAGUGGACUACAGACUCCAGAGUCAAUGACAGAUGCCAUUGCAGAGACCUCAUCAUCACUCUCCAGUCCCAAUGGAGGUGAAAUAGCAGAAGGUGGUGGUGAGGCACCUGCUUCUGCCUUGGAUGCUGCUGCUGUGCCUGCAGCUCUGAGUUGUGGAACCAGUCCUGACAGUGAGGAGAGUGUCCUACUGCAGCUGGCCUCAGUACCCUCCACUGGGUCCUUAUCCUCACGAGCCUCCAGACUCUCUCACUCGGCUAUGAGUAUUCUUGCAGCCACUCUGACAACAAAGGCUGAUGUAGUUUCUGAGGAAGCUGAACUUCCUGAAGAUGAUGUAAUAUGUAAUGGAUUAGAUGAGUUUACAAGAAAGUUAACUGAGGAUGAUGCACGAGUUCUUGUUGACCUCCUGAAAUUAGCUGUGGCAGGCCGAGCUGGACCACAGGCCUCCCCCGCAAUCACUAGAGUUCUUACUGGAUUGGCCAAGGAGAAUCCCACAGUUGCUGGUAUGCUGACAGAGCUUUGUGUGACAGAGCUAGAAGAUGCCGCUACGGACACUGAGGCCAUGCGAUCUGUGCCUCAGCCAGUGGUGCAGGAGAGCUCUCAUCCUUACACAGAUGAUGUCACCCUCACUGGCGUUGUCAAAAUACCUGGUGCUGAAGCCCUAAGAGUAGAAUUUGAUCGACAGUGUUCUACUGAGAGGAAGCACGAUCCCUUGACCAUAAUGGAUGGCUCAGGGAAAGUCAUAUGUACACGCUCAGGAAGAGAGUGGUCUGACUGGUCUACAGAAGUGAGAAUUGCAGGGGAUGAAUUGAGGUGGAAGUUCACCAGUGAUGGCUCUGUGAACGGCUGGGGAUGGAGGUUCACAGUGUUCCCUCUCAUGCCUUGUGCCGCACCACGAGACCUGCAUAGUGAUCGUCGCCUCCUGUCACGACCUUUAGUGGACCUGCCCAUGUGCUUGUUAGACUCUCUGCUCCCACUGUGUACCCAGAGUGUUAUCUUGUCAAGAUUGGCUGCUUCCCUUGCAAUGUGUGCACAGUUGUCAUCUCUAGCUCCCAGCCAACGGAUGUGGGCCCUCAAAACACUCCGUAAAAUCGUAACAACAGACAUUGGAUCAGGGCUCAACAUCAAAGCCUUGUUAUCUGCAUCAUACUCAUCCAGCUCUACACCUGCCCCAUCUCGACCCAUUUCUCCAGUGCCACAAGCAACAAUAUCCCAGAGCUUGCCUGCACCUCAGUCCCUUGUGCCACCCACCCCACAGUCACUUGCUCCACCUGCCCCACAAUCAUUGCGUGGUAGCACAGAAAGCCUUGAAUCCUCCAGCAGUCUAGUCAAGCCUCAAAUUGAAGUAAAACAAGCUCCUGAAAUGCCACUUGUAAGCCUCCUGAAAGGCUUACCAGAGGCUUUGCUACGUCAGGCAGAGUAUGAAGAUCCUCUAGUGAGAGGAGGAAAACACCUUAUGCAUUCACAGUUCUUCAAGGUACUGGUUGGCUUAGCUUGUGACCUGGAACUGGAUAGUGGCGUUGGUUCCGGAGAGGCUCACAAGUGGGCAUGGUUCCGAAGGUAUUGCGUAGCCUCAAGGGUCGUCAAGUCCCUUAUUGACAGAAUAACUCUGCCCAAUGGCUUUUGUGCUGAUGUUCGUAAAAAACUGUCAGAAAUGCUUGGUGAGGGAGAGGUCCUUACAUUAGAGCAUGAAGAUCAUGCUCUAUUCCAGCACCAGCAUGAUGAACAGCUCCUGCUCUGGUUCAACAGACGGCCAGAAGACUGGACUUUGUCUUGGGGUGGAAGUGGUAGCAUUUUUGGCUGGGGACAUAAUCACCGUGGCCAGCUUGGAGGUGUAGAAGGUGCCAAAGUCAAGUUGCCUACUCCAUGUGACACCUUGACGGCACUAAGACCUGUGCAGCUCAUUGGUGGAGAACAGACACUCUUUGCUGUUACUGGGGAUGGAAAGGUGUAUGCUACUGGCUAUGGUGCCGGAGGAAGAUUAGGCAUUGGUGGAGUGGAAUCCGUAUCAACUCCAACCCUUCUUGAGUCAAUUCAGCACAUUGUGAUCCGUAAAGUAGCUGUCAACUCUGGAGGAAAGCACUGUCUUGCUCUCACUGCUGAUGGAGAUGUGUAUUCUUGGGGUGAAGGAGAUGAUGGCAAAUUAGGCCAUGGGAAUAAGAGCCCAUAUGAUCGGCCAAGGCUGAUUGAAACGUUACAAGGGAAAGGUGUGGUGGAAAUUGCUUGUGGAGGAGCUCAUUCUGCAGCCAUCACAGCUUUAGGAGAGCUGUAUACCUGGGGCAAAGGAAGAUAUGGAAGGCUUGGCCAUGGUGACUCCGAGGACCAAUUCCGACCAAAGUUAGUCGAAGAGCUAGUAAGAUACAGGGUUAUUGAUGUCGCUUGUGGUUCCGGAGAUGCUCAGACCUUGUGCAUCACGGACGAUGAUAACGUGUGGUCUUGGGGUGACGGGGACUAUGGGAAGCUAGGACGUGGUGGUUCGGAUGGAUGUAAAGUACCCAUGAGGAUAGAUGGAUUAGCAAAUCAAGGAAUUAUUAAGGUUGAAUGUGGUUCCCAGUUUUCAGUGGCCUUAUCCAUGUCUGGUUCUGUAUACACUUGGGGCAAAGGGGACUAUCAUAGAUUAGGUCAUGGCACAGACGAUCACGUGAGAAGGCCUCGUAAGGUUACAGCUUUACAGGGGAAGAAGGUUAUCAGCAUUGCUACAGGAUCACUUCAUUGUGUAUGCUGCACUAGUGAAGGUGAGGUCUACACAUGGGGAGAUAAUGAUGAGGGCCAGCUCGGUGACAGUACAACUAAUGCCAUACAGAGACCUCGACUUGUCAUGGCUCUACAGGGUAAAAAGAUCAACCGUGUUGCUUGUGGAUCAGCACACACUUUAGCUUGGAGCACCAGUAGGGCAGUUAGUACAGGACGUCUGCCUUCUCAAGUCCCUCUGGAGUAUGACCUCCUCAAAGAAAUUCCUCUUCAUUCCCUGAGAAACAGAUUGGUCCUGCUGCACCACUUCUCUGACUUGGUGUGUCAAAGCAUCUCAAUGUUUGACCUAUGUGAAACAGAAGAGGAAGAAGGGCCAAAAGUGGACAGGUUAAGGGCCAUAAUUGUGUCCAGUGCAAAGGAAACGGCUUUCAAGAAGGUUGUGCAAGCCACAAUGGUAAGGGAUCGUCAACAUGGACCCAUUGUUGAGCUGAACCGUAUUAGUGUCAAGAGGUCGCGCUCGAGAGGUGGUUUGGCUGGCCCAGAUGGCAUGAAGUCUGUGUUCGGGCAAAUGGUGGCCAAAAUGUCUCUCAUGUCACCAGACGCCUUGUUCUUGCCUCAUCGUGUCUGGAAGGUUAAAUUCGUCGGUGAGAGUGUGGAUGACUGUGGAGGUGGAUACAGUGAAAGUGUAGCUGAGAUGUGUGAUGAGUUGAUGAAUGGGUCGUUGCCACUUCUCAUCCCCACGCCUAAUGGACGAGAUGAAGCUGGAACCUCACGCGAUUGUUUCCUUAUGAAUCCCCAGGCUAAUUCACAACAUCAUUUGAACAUGUUUACUUUCUUGGGAGUGUUGAUGGGCAUUGCCAUCAGAACAGGAAGCCCACUCAGCCUCAACUUGGCAGAACCUGUUUGGAAACAACUGGCUGGGAUGGCAUUGACCCCAGCUGACAUCACUGAGGUUGAUCGCCAUUACGUACCUGGGUUGAUGUGCGUCCAACAAAUGGAAGGUGAUGAGAAAACAUUUACCAGUCUUGAUUUACCUUUCACCACCACCUCAGCUGCAGGUAAUGAAGUGCCACUAUCCAGUCGACACUUACGAAUCACAAUGUCCAACAGACAUGAGUAUGUUCGUCUUGCUCUCAAUUACAGACUUCAUGAAUUUGAUGCACAAAUAGCAGCAGUUCGUGCAGGCAUAGCCAGAGUGGUACCUGUUCCCCUUCUGUCUCUAUUUACACCCUAUGAACUUGAAACAAUGGUGUGUGGCUCUCCGGAUAUUCCCCUUAAUCUUCUGAAGAGUGUCGCAACAUACAAAGGUGUGGAAGCAACAGCACCUCUAGUCCAAUGGUUUUGGGAGGUAAUGGAAGAAUUCAGCACAGCUGAACGAUCUCUUUUCCUUCGUUUUGUGUGGGGCAGAACACGUCUUCCUCGUACCAUUGCAGACUUCCGAGGACGAGAUUUUGUGUUCCAGGUGUUGGAUAAGUAUACUCCACCUGAUCAUUUCCUGCCAGAGUCAUAUACAUGCUUUUUCCUACUGAAAAUGCCACGAUAUUCUUGCAAGGCUGUUCUUCGUGAGAAAUUGAAAUAUGCUAUUCAUUUCUGCAAGAGUAUUGAUACAGAUGACUAUGCUAGAGUGGCAAUGACAGGCGCUGGUGUGGAAGAGAAUGGAGCUUCUGAGUCAGACACAGAUGACUGGGAUUCCAUUGGCAGUGAUGAGCCCAUGGCAGAUUGUGUCUCACUCUACUCUACGUAAAGCAACAAGGGAUAGAUCAACUAAGUAUGUAGAGUUGGGUCACAUUCCCUGUUACCUUUCAGAGAAACUGCUUAGAUAGGAUUAGACUAACAGGGAAAUUUUGUAAGAUUUUCCAGGGCUGACAGAGUGUAGUGUCAGCUUCUUAAAAACAUGACCUUUUUGUGAUAACUAGGAAAGGUUCCAAAGAGUGUAUUCAUGAGAUUUUUCAACUAGUCAAUUUUGAUAGGGAUGGAUGAUUGACUUUGUAUUUUGUGAUAUGUACAGUGCCGUUUAUUGGAUGAUAAUUAGGUAACUGGUUUUAUUUUGUGUAGUAUGAUGUGUUGACAUUAUAUGCAUAUAACAGAAAAGUAAGCGUAGAUAUUCUUUCAGUUCAAUAUAUAUAUUAAUGUCUUGAGUUAAUAGAUAGCCGAGUUCCUGGAGAUUGUAUUGUAUGUUAUGUGACUAGACUAACAGAAUUCAUGCAAGCUAUGAUCCAUAUUUAGAUAAUGAUAUAUAUGAUGUUUGUACUUCAGAGUCUAGUUGUCUGAGACAACUGUGUAAACUUACAUGUAUAUGAUAACAUGUCUCUCUUUGUAGUAAUCACUAUCCAACUGAUACAAGUAAUUAGUACAAGUUAUUUAGGAACAGCAGUACUGCUGUACUAAAGUGCAUGGGAUGCCAUCCAUUGUUUACACAGACAACAUAAAAUGGACAAAAUCAAAAUGUUGGAGCAAUGACAUUUUCUGAGCUUUCUGUGCUAGUAAUUUAUAGAGCAUUUGCAAAGGUUUUAAUAAAUUCUUCCACAUUCCAUCUUUCAUUAAACAUAUAACUAUGAAAAUGUGGGCUAUGUAAUGCUUUAAAAAGUGUGUGAAUUGUUUUGUAAUUUAUAUAAAUCUUGCUUGUCUUCAUAACACAUGCUUUAAAAAAAAUCCAAAAAAUGCACUUGCCACAUUUCAGUAAAAUUAUAAACUAAGAAUAUAAAGUAUUCAUACUCUAGAGAACUGGUCAGCCUUUCACACCUAAGUUCUUCCAAGAAAACACAGCAUAGGACUGUUUUUGCACAAGCAACAUGGGACUAUCUGAUUGCAUGGACCUAUGUGUCAUGACGCAUUUACAUUUUUUCCAGGUUCAGUAGGUGUUCUAAUCACUAGAUUGUUUUAAAAUGCAUGUAACUUCUACAUCAUUUGUAAAUAGUGUGCUUAAAGAUAUUUACUUGUAUAUUCUUGCAAAUACCAUAUUUUAUGUAUAAAAAGAAAUCUGCAUGAGAAAUCCAGCUAUUGAAUGUAAAACUCUCUUAAGUUCGUAUAUGUGGCUCCAGCUGAAAGGUUGUGUUGUAGCAUUAUUAGUAAAGAUUUUCUUAUCUUUCAUAACUUUGUUCGACAUCAUGGCUAGCUAAAAGCAUUAGGUGUUGGAAAGUGCUUCUCAUGUAUCCAGGCAUUAAUUGUAGAUUUUAGACAUCCAACUUACAUAAAACCACUCCUUACAAAAUAGGUUAAUAUGGACAUGGAGGCAGACACAAUAGCAAUACAGUGAUCGUUUUCAGAUGCAAAUGUUGGAAAGGUGGAGGAACAGCUGAUAAAUUGUGUUAAAACUUUGACUGGAGAAAAUUUAAUGGCACUAGUGAAGAAAUUAUUAUAUAAAAAGAUGUUUUUCAGUUCAGUUUUUAUGAUUAUUAUUGUUAUUUUUUAUGAAUGUAAUUAGGUCAAGAGUUGAAAGACACAUGCUUGAAGAAUGUGUACUAAAUAAAGAUAUAAAUUAU